AUGUUCUCCAACCCGUACCUCCCACAUGUCCUGUAUGCCGUCGCGCUGACCUCGGUUUCUAUGAACCUCGUCAGCGCGCGGAAGGAGAUCGAGGACGAGCGCGCACGGAGGCAGGCCCAGAUCUCCAUCCUCCAGUCGAUCAAGGAGCAGCUGCAGAGCGAGAAGCCGCUUUCCAGGGAAGAGCUCGACCGCCUGAAGCGGCUGGCACGGCCGUCUGAGAAGGACAUCGCGCUGAGGGCGGGCCUGGUGGGGGAUGAUGUGACAUGGGGGGAUAUAUUCAGCGGGAAACCGCCGGUGUUGAGCAGGGAUGAGGAGGUUAGCAAGUGGGACCAGCAGGAGCUGGAUAAACUGAAGAAGGAGUUGGAGAAGUAG